AAUCAAAGCAUACGAAAUGAGCCUGAAAAAUACAAAAUCAAUGGUCAAUAGUCAAUCCUCUAUCCUCCUACUACUUAUAUUUCUUGAAUAUACUACCUUCAUAUUUUCAAACAAACACAUGGAAUUAACUUUUCUCCUCACAUGGUGAGAAAAAUACACACACAAACUAGCUAUGCCAUGGAUUGGAUAUAAGUUUACCCAAAAUCUCCCAACUUCACCAACAUUCUUCAUUCUCAAUCCCUCGACUCACUUUCUUCAAGAAAAAAUCAAUCAUAUGCCAUGGAUUUUAACAACAAUAAUCCACACAACACCAGAAGAUCAGGCUAUGACCCUUAUAAUCAGACCUUGGUAAUUGCUAUACUCUGCCUCUCUUUUGUCAUCAUUUUAGUCAUAAUACUCCACAUUUAUGCUAGAUGUGUCCUCCGCCACUCUCGCCGCAACACCACCACCUCAAUCACCUUCAUUCACCGUGACUUGACUCAACCUGCUGAGUCCGUAUCAGCAAAGUCCGGCCUCGAUCCAACAGUCAUCAAUUUAUUACCAUCGUUUAUGUUCAAGAAGAUUGAUGGGCAUGAUGAUGAUCACAUUGAUGAGUGUGCUGUAUGUUUGAGUACGUUGGAGGAGGAUGAGCUAGCUAGGCGUUUACCCAACUGUAACCAUGUCUUCCAUAUGGCAUGCAUCGAUACGUGGCUCAGCGGCCAAAUAACGUGCCCCAUUUGUCGGUCGGACGCUUCUCCUAAGUUGGUCCCACACGACCGAGAACCACCCAUUCACAGUGUGAGUGAGCUGACUGAGGUGGUGGUUGUCACUUCAGAAGCUCAAUGUGAUCAUAAUAAUACGCAUGUGGUGAUUAAUUCAGGUGAUGGUAAUAAUCCUAGCAAGAUUAAUACUGGAAGUGGGCCGUCGUCGUCAUCGAGCUUUAGAAUGAGCUCUUUUAGGAAGAUGAUUGGUAGGGAUAGAUCAUCAUCUUCAAAUAGAUUACAAGUUUGUGGAGAUAUGGAGCAACAGACACAAGUUCAGCAAAAUAAUUUCUCAUAAUUUUACAGAAAAAAUAUACUGCCUGCUUCAAAAUUAGUUCCAACACUUAUCAUGCCAUAUAGUUUUUCUGUUGAUUAUUUUAGUGUAUAGGAAUGAGUAAUUCAUAUCUUUAUAAGAUUCAACAAGGAAAUAGAAAAAAAAAAUUAGAGCGUAGGUUCAUAAUUCGUUCAGUUGGACAAAUGGGAACCUGAGAAGAGUUUUUCAACAUGGUUGUUUGGUAGUGUGUAAAUGUAUGCAUGUUUCUCAUAUAUCAAAUUCCACGCGGUUAGAUUGAUUUCAAUAACUAUAUUAAUUAAUCU